GUGAGGGGGCUGGGCAUGUCGCUGCCCGACCCCAGGGCGCCCAGGCGCCGCGCCGCGAGGCAGCCGCCCAGGGGCGCGCACGCGUCCGAGGCGCUCGAGAAGCUCACCCAGGAGACGAGGGAGGCCGUGCGCGGGCUCGAGUCCGCCACCGGCGGGAUCGGCGGCCUCGACGACGAGGCCAUGAUGGAGGACUUCGUCAAGCAGUUCCAGGAGUUCGCCGGCGCGCAGGAUAUGGACUCUAUUGUUGAAACAAUGAUGAAGCAGCUUCUGUCCAAGGAGAUCCUUCAUGAGCCCAUGAAGGACAUUGUAGAGAAGUACCCACAGUGGCUGGAAGACAACAAAAGCAAGAUAAGCAAAGAAGACUUUGAGCGUUACAGCAAUCAGCUUGAACUCAUGCUGAAGCUUAAUGAGGUCUAUGAGCAUGAGCCCGAGAACAUGUCCAAGAUUUUUGAGAUCAUGCAAAACAUGCAAGAAUGUGGUCAGCCCCCCAGUGAUCUUGUUCAAGAUAUUGUUCCAGAUCUGGAUCUGAGCAAGCUCGGACAACUCUCUCCCGAAAUGCUUGAAUCAGGAGAAAACUGCUGCAUCAUGUGAUGAGCAAAGCAUUCCAUACUGGGUGAAAAUUCCAUGAAGUUCGUUACCUGUACCCUCUCCCUCCCCCUUUUAGUUUAAAGUUACUCCCGUUGGAUCAUCUGUUAAGCUCUACAGAUAUAAAAUAGUUCAGUGGUUUCUGAAUACCUGAUGGAUGUUACGCUUCAGUUGAUGUACAUUGAUAAUGAGAAAAAUAAGUCCAUUUGCCUUA